AUGCAGAAGCUUCUUACCUACGAGGAUGUGAAGGCCGUUGUGGAAAGCAAGCUCAAAGGGCAGCUUCCUCGGACUCAUUUGAUUGAUGUGCGGGGGCAGGAUGAGGUGCAGAGCACGGGCAUCAUUCCCGGGGCCUUAAACUUGCCCCUCGACCAGCUCGAGGCGGCGUUGAAGAGCGAACCGGGGCAGUUUAAGGAAAAGUACGCGGUGCCCAAGCCGCCGCAAGAGGACACGCUUAUCAUGUACUGUCUGAUGGGGAAGCGUGCGGAGAAGGGGGAAAAAGUGGCCAGGGAGUGCGGCUACGCAGACACGGCUGUGUAUCCUGGGAGCUGGACCGAGUGGUCCGAGCGCGCCAAGGAGCAGAAGGCGUCUUAG